AGGUGUCAUUACAAGGCUUUUUGAUGUGAUCAUUUUGCUAUUCCAUUCAGAAUUAAAAGCUUUAGUGAUAGAGUUCACUUGCACUGAAACCAAUCAGAAUUGAUGACUGUAUUGUUUAUAUUGACACCCCUUGGUUACUGGCAGUAAUAUAAUUUGCCAAAAAAUGUCCGACAACAUCAAAGUUGUCGUGCGUGUGAGGCCGCCUCUAGCGCGAGAGGAGGGGGAGACCCUGCACUGGAAGGUGACAGGUGAAGAUUCCAACAGCCUCAUGCAAGUGACGGCUCAUGAUAAAAAUGCUGCUACCUUCUCUUUUGAUAAAGUGUUUGACCAGACUGCUGAUAAUGAAAAAAUAUUCACCGAAGUGAUGCAGCCGAUAGUUGAAGGAGCUCUUAAUGGCAUCAAUGGAACGGUGUUCGCCUACGGCCAGACAUCAUCAGACCUGUUGGUGGGUCGCUCCAACAUUCCAGGCAACAAGGGGCUCGUGGUUCGGGAAGACACGUCGGGCAACAUCCAUGUUCCUGACCUCAGGGAGGAGUGUGUCAACAACCAAGACAAGCUGCUGUCCAUGAUGCAUCGUGGCGACCGCAACAGACAAGUGGGAUGCACCAACAUGAACGAUCGCAGCUCGCGCUCACACACAAUAUUCAGGAUUAUAGUCGAGUCACAGACAGCUAUUGAUGGAGACAACAGCCUGGAGGCGGGACUGUCAGAGGAUGACGUGGCGGUGACAGUCUCACACCUGAACCUC